UGUAGAUGAACCAGUUCCCGAAUCAUUUUCGUUUAAUGACCUAAUAAGAAAUCCUGAAACCAUCCAUGAUAAAGAUACGAAUGAAAUAGACAAGAAAUACGAGAAAUUCGGUAAUAUAGUUGAUCAAGUUUUUGUGGAAAUUCCAAAACACGCUUCUAAAAUAAUAAAGAACAGUUUUAAUGAUGGAAAAUUAUAUGACAAUUCUGUCGAUGAAAUUUCCAAGAAAAUACAAACCAGAAUUAAUGACAAGAUGUCUGAAAUCCUUCGUAAAAUCUCUAUCAAAAUAUCUGAAAUAAGUUUUUAUACUCCGUACGUGGAUUAUUUACUUUCUGCAAACAUUUCUAUAGAAAAAAUAGAACUUGCUAAAAAAGAAUCAUCUGAUAAAGAAAUACAGCUUACUACAAAAAUACAUUUUAUUAAAAAAAUAAAUUUUCCUGAGUUAAAAAGAAUAAUUUUUGCUGAGAUACAUGUUGAAAUUAUCAUUAUGUUACUAGAAGAACUUUUCAACAUAUUUCUGGAAAAUUUUUUUAACCUAUUACAAGAAAAUAUUUCAGACAAUAUUGAAGAAGAUAAAGAAUUUAUAGAAAUUAUUAAAGGAAAGACUUUAAUUAAUAGAGAUAAAGCGGAUGAAUUUUCUAAGAAUAUUUCUACUGAAUUUUCUACUGAAAUUUCUAAAAAAGUCAUAGAGAAAAUUUCUAUUAGGAUUCAAGAAGAAGUUGAAAACCAUUUUUACAAGAUUCUUAAUAUAAUUUAUAGAGCUUUUAAGGUGGUAGACGAAUAUGGAGAUGGUAAAAUAGAAAUCUCUAACGGGCAAGAAACUUCUUAUAAAGGACAAGGUGGUUCUUCUGAACAAAAUUCAGAAUCUCCUAUUGAAGAACAAAACUUUGCUGAAAAAAUACAAAAUCAGCAUUUCACAUUAACCUAUGAUAUUAAUGAAAUCAAAACCCUAUGUUAUAAGACACUGAAUGAUGAACUAAAUGGUAUUAAAACUGCGGAAAGAAAUAAUCUUGCUAAAUCACUGGAAGAUAUUGUAAAUAAAGAUGUCAACAAAAGUAAGGAAGUAGAUAUUGAGCAUAUCGUAUUCAUUAUUUUUGCUAUACUUGAUAGCGAAUCUUUAGUAUUUUUAUAUAAAAUAGUAGAAGAUUAUGCUAAAAAAGUAAAAAAUUAUUAUAAUGUUCGAAAGACUGAUGAACCGGAGAGUGGCCUCGAAAAAAUUGGUCUGAAGGAUGACCAUGAUCAGAAGAGUGACACCGGAAAUAAUGAUAACGAUAUUGAACGAUAUAUUGAAAGGUUUAUUAUAAUUAGAGUAUGGGAAGAAAUUAUUUUUAAGAGUAUUCCACUUAUUAUUAUUAUGGUAUGUCAAUAA